UUUUAAUUAAAAAUAAAUGAACACGACUAAAGAAAAAUAUCUACUCACUUAUCUUCCAUUCCAUCGCCUUCUCUUGUUCGCUCCGCUCGUCGAUCGAAGUCGCCUCGAGUUAUUCCGUCGUGGUUUAUGAGCUCGAAGGAGAAACCCACUCUAGGUGGCACUCGGAUAAAGACCCGCAAACGAAAUAUAGCUGCUCCUCUGGACCCUGCAGCUUUUGCAGAUGCAGUGGUCCAGAUAUAUCUGGAGAAUGCUGGUGAUCUGGAACUUGUUGCAAAGAACGUUGAAUCUUCAGAUCUGAAUUUUUCAAGAUACGGUGACACUUUUUUUGAGGUCGUCUUCACUGGUGGCCGAACUCAACCUGGUACAAUAAAAUCUGAUGAAGGGGAGAGACAUCCCUACUCAGUCUUGGAUUGCCAGCCUAAACGGGAAACUAUCUUACCUUCCGUUCUCUACAUACAGAAAAUUUUGCGGCGAAGGCCCUUUUUGAUUAAGAACCUUGAAAAUGUUAUGCGAAAAUUCCUUCAGUCCUUGGAGCUCUUUGAGGAGAAUGAGAGGCAGAAGCUUGCUCUCUUUACAGCCCUUACAUUCUCUCAGAAGCUGUCAGGCCUUCCUCCUGAGACAGUUUUCCAGCCAUUGUUUAAGGACAAUCUUGUGGCCAAGGGGCUAGUUCUUCCAUUUAUUACUAUAUUCUUUCGGGAAUAUUUGGUCGAUAACAGCUUAGAUGAUCUUAUAGCACUUUUGAAGCGUGGUAAAAUGGAGGACAAUCUCCUUGAUUUUUUCCCUCCUGGACGGCAUAAUGAUGAAUGUCUUUCUGAGCAUUUCAUGAGAGAAGGAUUGCCAGCUCUGGUUCAGUACCAUGAGAAGAAAAUAUUUGAGGUGAAGCUGAAGGAAAUGAAAACAGCCUUAACAACUCAGAUUGCAGAAGAAACUGAUGUAUCUGAAGUAAUAGAAACUGCAAAACAGCAUGUUAAAGUUGCUAACUUGCCAGAUGUUGAAGUUGUUCGCAUUUUAUGGGAUGUGAUAAUGGACGCUGUUCAGUGGUCUGGUAAAAACCAGCAACAAAAUGCAAAUGUUGCCCUUCGCCAAGUGAAAACUUGGGCAGGGCUUCUGAAUGUUUUUUGUACCAGUGGGAAAUUGGAAUUGGAACUAAUGUACAAGGUUCAAAUCCAAUGCUACGAGGAUACCAAAUUGAUGAAACUUUUUCCAGAAAUUAUAAGAUCUCUCUAUGAGCAAGAUGUACUUGCAGAGGAUACUGUUCUUCAUUGGUUUCGUAAAGGUGCAAACCCAAAGGGCAGGCAAACCUUUGUGAAAGCCCUGGAGUCAUUCGUCAACUGGCUUGAGGAAGCUGAAGAAGAAGAAUAAAUUAAUGCAACAAACUAGGAAUUUAUAUAUAUACUGCCUUUUAUUACUUGGUGGUGCAAGCAAACAUAGUUAGACCGUGAUGCAUCAUACCAAUGAAAGAUGUUUACAACCUGAAUGCAUGGAGUUAUUUAUGUUAAAUUUUUCCCUAUUUCAGCUUAUGUAUGUAGUAUGAUAAAUGAUUUUAUUGGCUUCUUUUGAGCGACAUCCUUUAAUAUCAUCGCAGGAGCCGUUGCUAUUAUCACUGUCAUUCUGACAGCAAAA